UCCAAUUAUCCACUCAGGACUCUUUUUUCUCCACCACUCUUACCUAAUACACAUCCAGAAAAAAAGAUCCACUGUACCAAUGGCUUCCUCAAGCUCUGAAAGACCCACCAAAGUUCAUGAGCUGUACGUGUAUGAAAUCAACGAACGUGAUCGUGGCAGCCCUGCCUACCUCCGGUUGAGCCAGAAAUCCGUCAAUUCUCUUGGCGAUCUUGUCCCUUUUAGCAACAAGAUAUAUACCGGAGACUUGCAGAAGCGGUUGGGAAUAACAGCAGGCAUGUGUAUUCUGAUUGAGAACAAACCGGAAAAGAAAGGUGACCGGUACGAGGCCACAUUCAGCUUUUACUUCGGAGACUACGGUCACAUAUCGGUGCAGGGCCCCUAUUUGACGUACGAGGAUACGUGUUUGGCCGUGACCGGUGGUUCUGGGAUCUUUGAGGGGGUGUACGGGCAGGUGAAGCUGCAGCAGAUUGUGUUCCCCUUCAAACUUUUCUACACAUUUUAUUUGAAGGGUAUUGCAGGGUUGCCAGAAGAGCUGCUUGGGAAGCCCGUGGAACCCAACCCAGCUGUCGAGCCGAGCCCCGCGGCUAAGGCUUGUGAGCCUCAAGCCACUGUUGCUAAUUUCACCAACUAAUGGUUGAUGCUGAUCGAUAUGUAAUAAAGUAGCAGAGUACUAGCUAGAGUGCAUCGAUCUGGUUACCAGUAUAUUUAUUUUUGAGCGAAUUUCUCACGUGCCUUGGUGGGAAGUGGAACAAAAGUGUACCAAAUUAUGUUGCAAUUAUAAAAUAUAUGAAUAUUUGGUAUCA